AUGGAUGCUCUGUCGGAAGCAAACGGCACCUUUGCCUUGACCCUUUUGAAACAUCUGGGUGAAGACAACUCACAAAAUGUGUUUAUCUCACCCAUAAGCAUCUCCUCUGCCCUGGCCAUGGUCCUCAUGGGGGCACAGGGAAACACCGCGGCCCAGAUGUCCCAGGCACUUUCUCUAAGCAGAAGCAGUGGCAGAGGUGGAGACGUCCACCAGGAUUUCCAGAACCUCCUCACCGAAGUUAACAGGAGCGGCACACAGUACUUGCUCAGAACUGCCAACAGGCUCUUUGGAGAGAAGACUUAUGAUUUCCUCCCAUCUUUCAAAGAUUCCUGCUCGCAGAGAUGGGAGCUGGACUUUAUCAGCGCUGCGGAGGAAUCCAGGAAACGCAUAAACACCUGGGUAGCCCAAAGGACAGAAGAAAAAAUUAUAGACCUGCUGGCUCCAGGUUCAGUGGACUCCAUGACUUCUCUGGUUCUCGUGAACGCCAUCUACUUCAAAGGAAACUGGGAGAAUCAGUUUGACAAACAGCACACCAGGGAAAGGCCGUUCAAAGUCAGCAAGAAUGUGGAGAAGCCUGUGCAAAUGAUGUUCAAGAAAUCCACCUUUAAGAUGACCUACAUCGAAGAGAUAUUCACGAAGAUUCUCGUGCUUCCCUAUGUCGGCAGCGAGCUCAAUAUGAUCAUCAUGCUUCCGGAUGAAAACACUGAUUUGAAAACGGUGGAAAAGGAACUCACUUAUGAGAAAUUCGUCGAGUGGACGAGGCCAGACCUGCUGGACGAGGAGGAGGUGGAGGUGUCCCUGCCCAGGUUUAAGCUGCGGGAGAGCUACGACCUGGAGGGCAUGCUCCGCGCCCUGGGCAUCACCGACGCCUUCGAGAGCACCAGGGCCGACUUCUCCGCGAUGUCGGCCCGGAGGGACCUGUGCCUGUCCCGGGUCGUGCACAAGGCCUUUGUGGAGGUCGACGAGCAGGGCACGGAGGCGGCUGCCGCCGCCGCUGCAGUCCUGAUGCUGCGCUGCGCCAGGAUCACCCCCAGGUUCUGUGCCGACCACCCUUUUCUCUUCUUUAUCCAGCACAGCAAGACCCGCGGGCUUCUGUUCUGCGGCCGGCUCAGCUGCCCGUGA